AUGGCGUCGGGGCAAUGCAUCAACAGGACAAAAUCAGCUGUAACCUUCUCCUCUAAGACAUCUAAAGCAGCGAAAGAAAGAGUAAAACGUGAGCUGAACAUCACUAACGAAGGAGGCAUCGGGAAAUAUUUGGGAUUACCGGAGCAUUUCAGGAGGAAGAAGAGAGACAUCUUCGCAAGUAUAGUAGACCGAAUCAGAAAGCAAGCUCAGAGCUGGACGUCACGUUAUCUCUCGGGAGCGGGGAAGAUGGGCCUCUUGAAAGCGGUUCUAUCAGCAUUACCAACUUAUGCUAUGUCAUCCCCAAACUCUGCGUCCCAUGGCUGGAGAGGGAUUCUUGCAGGCCGUGACAUUCUGAAGAAGGGACUGGGAUGGGUUGUGGGAAAUGGAUGUAUAAUCAGAGUGUGGAGCGACAACUGGCUGUCGACAACCCAACCACUCUGCACUAUAGGCCCCCGCACCAGUGAAGCACAUAACAUGCUGGUUAGUGACCUCUUUCUCCCAAAUUCGACCUUAUGGAAUGUGGAGAAAAUAAAGGUUCACCUCCCUCAGUAUGAGGCUCAAAUUCGGAAACUAGUGCCAAGUACUUUGGAGAUGGAAGAUACAUUGACCUGGCUAUACCAGAAAGAAGGGAACUACACAACCAAAUCAGGUUAUGCUCUGGCAAAAGUUAAUGUGAAGGGAAGGGACGAGGGUUUCAACUGGAGCAAAUGUGUGUGGAAUAUGAAUUGUUCUCCCAAGCUUCGAAACUUCUUGUGGAAAGUGCAAAAUAAUGCACUGGCAGUAGGAGAAACACUUUUAAAACGUGGCAUCCAAGUGGAUGGAAGAUGCAAGCGCUGCGGGGAGAGUGAAUCAAUACAACAUGUCAUAUUCUACUGCCCGUUUGCUAAAAGGAUCUGGGACUCUGUUCCGGCCUUGUGUGUCCCGAAUCACAUUGCAGGAACCUCCAUAGGGCAGCUCUUACAAGAUUGCACUCGAAUGAUUAAUCUCCCUCCAAGUGGAGUAACCGUUCCACUUCACCCUUGGAUCAUGUGGUUGUUGUGGACUAGCAGGAAUCAGUUGUUGUUUGAAGAUAAGUCUUUCUCAGAAGCAGAGGUACUAGUUAAAGCUAUCAAAUGUGCCAAAGAAUGGCAGGAUGCUAUGGAGAAAAAGGAAAGGAAAAAUACUGCUUCGCCUAAAGACUACACCCCGAGUGAUCUUCACCAACAAAAUCAACCAAAUGCUAUGAUCUGCUUUUCUGAGGCAGCAUGGCAGCCAGUUUCUUGCGCAGGUGGAAUGGGAUGGCUUUGCACAACUCAAGCAGGUACCACCAUCUUUGAAGGAACGACGUCGCAGGAGGUCGUCGGGUCGGCGCUAAUCGCUGAAGCUCUGGCACUUAAGGCAGCUCUGGAAGCUGCAAAAUCUCAAAGAAUUCAGGAACUGGUCUGUUUUUCAGACUCUAAAUCCCUGAUCAAUCAGCUCACAGGAAACACGUCUGUGAACGAACUCAAAGGAAUCCUCCAUGAUGUUAACGUGUUGAGUAGAUCCUUUACUUUUAUCUCUUUUAAUUUCGUUCCUCAUCGUUGUAAUGUUGCAGCCGAUAGGCUCGCCAAAGGAGCUCUGUCUGACCUUGUGAACUCCACCCCUUUGGGGUAA